CAAACUGGGUAUGAUGGCUGAUAGUUGUGAACGGGAUACGUGUCUCUAUAAAACAACAAACUAAUAUCAGGAAUUUGUGUGUUUCCUUAAGCUUAACAAUGCGUCCCGCGGGACCCUUCUUUUUGUACAGUGUGUGUUUAAUUAGUUUUCCGGUUGUUCGAGGUCAGAUUGACACGAGUAUCUGUAUUCCUGUCACCAAUAUUUCGGAUGCCUCUCCACUACCAGCAUUAUCCCCUUCCUAUUCUACGACAGUGGAAUGGAAGUUAUUACACAAUAACAGCACUGUCAGUAUUGAGGAAUACGUCAUAGGAAUGGAGAAGUUAAGCAGUAUACGUAUUACACAAGAAGGUCAUACGUCAAGGAUUAUUUAUGACGAAAACGCACAAGAGUAUACAGAAAUUGAUAUUGUAAAUAGUAAAUGUAAAACACAUAAAUAUAUUCUUGAUGAUGUUUUAUUUGGAAAAGAAAUUUGGAAAUCAACAACAAAACAGUUGUACAAUAUCUUUAAACAAUCAAUUACUGUAAACGGGGGAACUCAGUUCAUAAGAUCAACGGUGGUUCAAAGCUGGUCAACGUGUGUCUAUUUAUUCCAGUACAACGUCACAAUGGAUGCUACCCUUUAUUUUGCAGCUGAAGGAUGGCCGAUGCCCUUUGCGGCCCCUGAUGCAAUGGUUCCAGUGCGGUUAGAACUCCGGGGGUCUUACAACAAUAACGAGACAAGGUUCCAUGCCGUGGGGGAUUACGUCAACUUCCUCCCGUCUCCACCCUCAGACCUUGACAGUGUCCAGACAGAGCCUGGCAUGUUCUGCGCUGGGAAAGAUAUUGGAAAACCCAUGCUUCCUGUUCCAAACGACUUCUCAGCAGUCAUAGAACGGGUCAACACGCAUGACAAACAAGUGACGUACGAAACGGUCUGGUUUGACUCCCGUAGGAAGUUCGUUCGAUAUGAAACAAAGUCAGCCAGCGGCGAUGAUACAGAUCCCUCGAAGAUCGUGUUCGAUUUCCAUGACGGUGUUCGAUACUCUAUGGAUCCUUAUACUGGUUCGUGUGACCCUGUGACGGUCAUUGAAAGGGGAGAUAAGUUCGUCGAUCAGACAGCUGUACCAGGAACCAGGAUACAGAUGCAGAAUUCUUUAGAUUUCUUUAAGAUUCAAAACGCCACCAUUCAGUAUGUUGGAAAGAGAUACACAAGAAAGAUAUUCUGUGAUGUGUGGAUCGGGCUGUAUUAUGAUUUAAAUAUAGGUCAGAACCAAACCGUGGAGUGGUAUUUCCUGGGAGAGGGGUGGCAGGAGGGAAUCGGUACGUCCAUCACCCCCGGAAGUUUGGUCAGGUUUGACGUGUGGGCGGAGAAUUCGGAUUUUGCCAUCAUUCACAAUGUACACAAGCUGAACCCGUCACCCCCCUAUCUUUCCAACUUCGAUAUAGGACCCUGCUUCCCAGGAAAUAAAAGACAAAACUUUGUUAUCAAGUUUGUGGCGAGUGGUCUGGACUUGACCCAGAUCAGUCUGAACUACAUCACAGACCAGAUACAAGAAAUCCUGACAAGCCAGGCACAACUCGAUAAUCUUAGAUUCAGCAAUGUAGCGUUUGACAAUUUGGGAUUUAAUCAGUGGUACUUUAGUGGCGUGCUGCUUGAUAAGUCACCCAUUGAUAACCCAAAUAUCUACCCGCCUCCUCUGACGAAGGAACCACUAAAUAGCGCCUUUGACUUCCUCAGGGGGUUUGUGGAUACGCCGUGGGUCUACAACACGACCGAGCCAGGAUUGAGCUUCCAAUUGGUUGCCAUGGGGAUCCUUCCGCUGUACUACCCGGAUGAAUUCACGACAACCACCACACAGCCGACAACAACAGGAACUUACCUUGUACCGACCUUACCUGUCCAGACUACAGGGACAACCUCUAUACCCACACCCCCAGCCCCACCAACGGGGUCAACUCACACAACUAAGGUCACCACAAAGCCGCCGGUGACAACAAAACUAACUACUAAAGCAACAACCAAACAAAACCCAGGUCCAUGUAAAUGUGCAACAUGCCAUACACCAAAGGCAUGCCCGACCGUCAUCUGUCCAUUGGUAACAACUCCCAAACCACCAGCACCAAAGCCGUGCACUACCUCAGCGUGCAGCUGUCCAAAAGUCACGUGCCCAAAACCUACACCACGAAAACCACCAAAAUGUCCAAAAGUCACCUGUCCUGUGACAUCAAAACCAGUGACGUCACCUUGUACUCCUAUGAGUCCCACAGGGGUUACCGCACUGAAUAAUGUGGGUGCGCAGGCGCAAAAGUCGAGCAAUGGUGUUUCUUCAGGUGGCGCUGUGGGUAUUGCGUUUGCCUGUCUGAUCGUAGGGUCCAUGAUAGGUGCUAUCGUCCUAUAUGCCUUUCAGAAAAAGUUUCCAAAUGGAUUUAGAAAUAGUGAUGGAUAUUUAAACCCAGUUUUUGAUGGGGAGAGUAACAAAUACUAAGAUUAAUA